AUGGAUCCUUUCACUCAGCGAAUGUUAGAAAGGGCUCGGGCAAGACAAGAGAAAAUAGAUCAAAAGCUCGCCAAUUCUGGACAAGCCGUGCCAAAGCGGAAACCGUUGACCGAAAACAUAAUUAAAAGUGGAUCACCUAUUAAAUCACCUAUUAAAAAUUCAAGAGAAUCAAUAUCAUCACCUAAAAAACCAAUAGAACCCACUUGUGAUACCCCUGUUAUUAAAAAAGUUAUUCAAAAAUCAGAUCAAAUUUCGAGGGCGUCUCCUCAAAAACAGCGUAACGAUAUUAUAGUAACUAAAAAGGAAUUUAAUAGUCCAAAAACCAGUCUAAAUAGACGCAAUUCUGAUGUGUCUGUGGAAAUAAAUAUUUCCCAUAGGAAUGACAUUCAAAUUGAAGUUCAAGUUGAAGAGAGAGAUGCUCCUAUCAGUAUUGUUUAUGAUGCUUCAGCAGAGAGUGGCAGCAAUGUCAUUAUCAAAGAAAUUCAAGAUGACACCCCAAAGCUAGGAAGGAAAGCAAUUGACAUGGAUGAUCAUAAAAAUGAGAAGUCAGCACUGCGAAACAACUUUAAAUCAAGAUUAGACAGACUUGGGAACUUAUAUUCUGAUAAACCACAGCUAUCAUCGCCUAUACAUCGCACAGAACAAGAGUUCACAUCUGAAACUCCACCUCUUGUCCCUGAGGCUCGGAAACCAAAACCUGGUGGUAAAAAGUUUGAAAGACUGGCGGCUCUUGCUGACGAAAUUAAUAAUUGGGAGGAUGAUCUCUCACACCAUACUUUUCAACCAGAACCAAAGAAAACUACAAAGAAAAAAGAAGAAAAAUUGGAUGCAUCCACUCUAGAGGUGUCCAUACACUCGUUCAAGGAUAUCAACAAAGUUUUACAAAGUUCCAGCAAAUCUGAUAAGAAAAUGGUUAACUCGAACACCUUCAAGAAGCCAGUGAAUGAGUGUCAGCGGCUAGAAAAACAAAUUGUUGCUGAACUGGAGCCGAAAACUACAGCAACCCCCAGUGCAGUUCCAGCCCCAAACAUGGCGACUAUGGUCGUCUCACCUGCGACGGUCACAAAAAAGCCGUCCAUAAAAAAAUACCGCGCACCCACUCCCCCCAACAAAAUACUAGAUGAAAAUUGUGAAAGUGAUAAGGACAAAGAGAACAAUGUGGUCGAACGGGAAGAGAACGACAACGACGAGUGUAUACAAACAAAGCAAGAUGACAAACCGGUGUCGGAGGGCUCGCCGGCUGUACGGCGACUCGGGCCGCGUUUGAACGGCAAUGUAGAUAGAAGUUCAGUUCUUUCUAAAGCCGCUAUGUUCGAAGCGGGGAGCCCUAGGUCCAAGGAAAAGGAUCCCGCUGAAAUGUCACUUAGGGAACGUAAAGCUUUGUUUGAAAAAAAUAAGGGCGCCGCGAUUGUGCCCAAGGCGCCCUUCGGACUCGCACCCUCCGUUAAAACGCUACACGGAGAUUCUAAAGACAAAAAGCCGGUCCAAAAAACACCAAAAGGUACUCCUGAGAAAAAUUCUAGGACCAACUCUAAGGAUAGCUUGGCCGAGGACAAUAUAAGUCAAAGCUCUUUUGGUAGCGGCAUAAAAGGAAAGCUCGCUGCACUUUUCAAUAAGGAGCAAACGAUAAGCGAGACAACAAUAGCUAAUAAGUUUAAGCAAGAGAGAGAAAGAGAGAUGGAGAUGCUUCAGAACAGAUUCCAUUAUAAGCCUUCAACAGCACAGAAACCAGAACAUGAAUCUGAUGAUGACCAGAGCGAACAUGAAAAUGAGAAAGCACCUUUAAUGGGAAGUACUACGAGCUUGUCUCAAACUAAUAAGAAACUGGAGAUCAUUGCCAAUGUACCAAAAAUCGCUGAGGCGAAAUCUGAGCCGAAAGAUAAGGAGGCUGAACAUGACAAAGUUGUUGGUGCACAACCUGUUAAACGAAGAAGUUCCCAAGACUCGCCAGUAGUUUUGUCUGUAUUGGAAGAUGUGAAAAGGAUAAAAGUGAACGGUAACUCAAAGGAGAAUGGCACUAUAGUGCAGCAGCCGGGGUUAUAUCCACAUCUGUCCGAUAUCGAGACGGACAAUUCGAAUACACAAGAGGAAUAUUCAGACUGCGGUGGAUCUAGUACUGAAAACAUACCGGAGAAAUUGAAUAAAUCUGAGAAUUGGGCGGAGACUUCAUUUGGAAGGGAGGUUAUGAAUGUGGUUAAGAAAAACAAUACAAGCUACAAGAAAGCGGUACAAAGUGACUCAGACGAAUCCGGCAGUGCAUGUGACAGUGAACUAGAUGAACUGUUGGAUGAGGCUUUAGAAGAGGAAGGUCCGACGCCGCCCAAAGUUAAUAAGGUGAAUGAGCACGGCAGCCUUUCAUCAUCGAGUUUCGUGUACCAGGAUAAGGCGUUCAAGUCUCCGCUGAAGAGCCAAGUGUCUUCCAGACCUGACAAGGGCAACGAACUCGUGCAUAGCGUUAGCUUCUACAGACGUAUGCAAGCUUCAUCAACCCCCACCACACCCCUGCGUGUAGUACGCCAUACGUCGCCGGAACGAGAAGUGCCCCCCACCCCCGAACCCACGGUCAGCGUGACCACCGUCCGUCAGCGCAUCAAGGAGUUGCAGAACGAGAUAUCUAAACAGCAGACUGUUAUAUCACAGGCUAGCCAAGCUUUGAACCUAUGUGCUGCUACUAUAGAGUUCAGCGGAUCUACGGAGCAAGCAGAAGGAGAAAGACUGCUGUUAUUGGCAACUCACCGGCGCCAGGCAUGCCUGCACGAGGUGCAGCGGCUGCAGGUGGAGGGCGCGGGCGCGGCCGCCACGGCCGGCAUGGCCACGCUGCACAUGCACAGCCUCAGGGUUCCCUUGCGGAGGGAAUAUGUUAGACAGUUGAAUGCUGAUGGCGCAGUAGGUCACCACGCUGUGUGCCUGCUCAAGUGCCGCGACCGCGUGCUCGCCACCAGUAUGCAGCUGACCAAACCGACCGCACACCUGCACUUCCCAGACGAGAUACGUAUGGACGGACUGACGAGCGAUUUUAAGGUGACAGUAGAGAUCUAUCUCUUGCAAGCUUCCAAGGAGGUUCUACCGCAUGACGUUAAAUACCACAUCUCUAACAAAAAGGGUAACUCAAAGCUUCUUACCCCCAAAUCGAAAGUAUCAGAGCUUAAAGCCCCCAGAGUACAAAGCCCGGCCGGCCCGAUGGCGGUGCGCAGCCCACAGUUCCAGCUGCACGGAUAUUGUAUAUUCGCAUUGCCACAGGCUACACGCAAGAGCUUCACUUUGAAUAAGGUACCACACGCGAGCCCUCUAGAAGGUUCCAUCAACGUGGAGAUCCGAGCUCGUGUGGUGGUGCCACCUCCAGAGCCUCACUCGGCCUUCCUCACGGCCUUCGAUGACGUCUCGGGGCUCGGCGCCUGGCACCGGCGCUGGUUCCGUCUGCAGCCCCCGCGGCUGGCAUACUGGAAGUACCCUGAUGAUGUACAGAAGAAGAUGCCAAUCGGUGACAUUGACCUAACAACAGUGACAUCUGACAGAGCAACCAGAGCACCACGUGACCUCUGCGCGAGACCUAACACGAUUCUUCUAGAAUCUUCCGUACCAGCCGGCCUGAUAGUGCCUGACAGCGGUUCUCUAGUCUACGUAAAAGGACCUGAUGGAACUGUCAGACGGAGACACCUCCUGGCAGCGGAUACUCCUAAAGAUAGGGAUAUAUGGUUGGAUAAACUCAAUAGUGCUCUGGAGUAUGUGAGGUGUACCGGGAUUGAUGAAGAU